GUGGUUCACAGCCCUCUUGGCGGUUGCUGUCGCCGCUCGAGGCCUGGCAGAGCUGUGCGGCGAGGAGAGGGGAUGAGGGGGAGAAGUGUUGCUGCUGCAAGUCUGCAGACAUGAUGCCCACCCUGAAGCCGAAGCAUCGUCCCUUCUGCUUCAGCGUAAAAGGCCACGUGAAAAUCCUAAGGCUGGAUAUCCUCAACUCAGUAAUAGCAGCAAUAUUCAUGGUAAUUAUAUCUGUGUUGGCACUGUUACCAGAAACCACAAGAGUUAUAGCCCUUGGAGGGGUGUUUGGACUCCUGGCGGGAGUGUGCUGUAUUGCGGACGGGGUCCUUAUUUACCGGAAGCUUCUAUUUAAUCCAAGUGGUCCUUAUCAGAAACAGGCUAUUCAUGACAAAAUAUAAGCUUUGUAAUUUUAUAUUACUCUUUAGUUGAUGCUAAGUAUUAAGUAUAUUAAAUGUAUUUAUUCCUCC